AUGGCCAAGAUCACAAUUGCUGAACCGCUUCCCGAGGGGACCGCAUCAGCAACUGUCCUUCAGCUCCUGCAAAACCAUGAUGAUUUGAUGGAUCUGGGCUCUCUAACCAAGGAGCGACACCCCAUUAAGCCACCGCCUGAAGCGCCGCCAGAGGAGCACCAUGGCGCAUGGCAAUGGUACAGCAUCACCGAGCAGUUCAGGUUACCUAAAGACGUAGGGUCUGGGGAGUUCAGCAGUAAAGUCGGGUUUCUGGAUUUACCUAACGGUAUGAUCUCGCAUGUCUACUCACAGUUGGGCAUUGAAGUCCGCGACCAUUGGACUAUCCAGAGUAGCCAGUCCAAGUCGAGCGGGGGGCCUACACUCUGGGUAAAAGUUGAGAGUGACAUCAAGUGCAAAUUUAUACUCAGAUCGUUUGUGAAGAGGAAAGUCAAGCAGUCUCGGCUUGGGUUUGUCAACCAAGUCCUUCAGAAGACCCGGAAUUCCGUCCUGGCCAAGAUCGACGGUUCAAGUCACAGUCGCGUUGGGGAGACUUUGGCGGUGUCUGGAGCCCCAUUUCAUCUCGGUGUCAACCUAUCAUCACCUUCCAAUGUCGGUGACGAGUCACCAUAUACGCCAGACUCAGAGACGUUUGAGCUCGACAGCCAGCCAGCGGGACUGCCAGAACUGGAUAGCGUCCAGUCGGCCAAGGAGCUUGAUGGUCGUGAGAUAGGACCCAAGUCGAUACAGAACGCCACCAGCAGGCCUUCAUCUGGUGUAGAGAAGCAUACUCAAGCAGCCCAAGCCGAAAUCUUGAAACUCGAUAGCAUGGAGCUAAGGAAGCGUCCUACAUAG